CAAUUUCUAGCUGUCAGAUGUCAAUUGUCAUUUCGGUACGGUUUCUGGUUCUGGGUUAUAAAAUAAACGAAUAUUUUUCGAUACAUUUUGUAGAUAAAAUAAAAACAUGCCUCAAUUUUUUUAAAUAAUUUUGAUUUUAUUUCUGAAUUAGUCAGUUUAAGUUAAUCUUCAUUAAAAUUAGCUCCAUUUAGAACCUCUGAAUCGACGACUGAAAUGGCGCUUCGUAUGAAAGUUGAAAAGAAAAAGGCUCAAGAGGAAAUGCGACGCUUGAUGUUAGAGCGAAAGAAUAAAGACAAAAAACCGAAACAAAUUAUAAACAAUCCACUUGCAAAAUAUAACAAUAGUGGCCAGCUUACGUGUGUUCUUUGCUCGUCCGUUGUCCGUUCAGAAAGUGUUUGGCAAGUGCAUAUAAAUAGCAAACAGCACCGAAAUAAUGUCGAGCAAGCCAAGCAGUUAAAAGAGUUAACUAAAAAUUUCACAGAUGAUAAAGUUAAGAAAAGGUUAGCUACUACAACAUUAAACACUCCACCUGAAAAGAAACCUAAAGGGAUAUUAAAAAAUUCAACUGAUAAAUUACCUGCAAAUGCACAGAAACCUAAAAAUAAUGCACCAGUAAUUUUUUCUCAUCACAAUGAAGAAGUUGUUAGGAAAAAUAUCAAUCCUGUCACUUGCGAGGGUGAAGUUAUAGAUGAGAAAACAGAAAGUACAUCACAGGAUGCAAACAUAGAUCCAUCUCUUACACAACCAAUUCCAGAAGGAUUCUUUGAUGACCCCAUCUUGGAUGCAAAGGCCCGUAAUAUUGAAUAUAAAGAUCCAGUUGAGGAGGAAUGGGAAAAAUUUCAAAAGGAAAUAAAAGAGGAAACUACCACUUCUGCAGAAAUAAUUGCUGGAGAACAAGAAGAAGCUACUGCGGAAAGACAGAUUGAUGAAAUAGAUGAACAGAUGCGAAACUGGUCAAGAGUUUUGGAUUUGGAACUAAAAAAAGAAGAAACGAAGAAAAAAAUACAAGAUAUAGAAAUGCUUAACGAAGAUGAUUAUAAUGAUUCAGAAAAUGAAGCAGAUAUUGAUGAAUUCUUGGACUGGCGAGCAAAGAAAUCAUAUUCUUAGCUUAUUAAAUUUUCUUGUGAAGUACUUAAGUUAUGCUUUGAAAAAUUUGAUACUGGAGAUGUUGUUAAAACAUACACAAGCCACAUCAUGUAUUUACUUCGCCACAACAAGGAUUGUGUUCGUAGAUUGGCAAUUGAUGAGAUCUGUAAAGUUGUGACAACUGAUCCAACCUUAUUGCCUGUUCCACAAUACAUUGAUGUGUAUGUAGCUGUUGGACAAAUGGUUACUGAUGAAGACAUAGGUGUAGCUAACAAAGCAGUACUAAUUACCUCUAACUUAUCAGCUGAAGCAUACCCUAGAGUACUUGAUGAAAUGAAAAUAGCAUUGGAAGGAAACACUAGUAGCAAAUGCAAUGCAUAUGAGGUGAUAAUCAAAAUUUCAACAAGGUCACAUAGUAUAUUUGAAAUAUGUGUUGCACAAGGAUACUAUGACUUCAUGGUGAAUGAAUUACAGACUGACGAUGUAUUAUAUCAGUUGAAUAUUUUAGAAUUAUUAUCACUAUUGGCAAUAAAACCUCAUGGGAUCGCCUUUCUUAUCAAACAAGGAACUUUGCAAAAGAUUUCAGAAUUAGUAAGAGAUCUGAAGAAUAAUCCACUUGGAGGCCUUUUAACACCAGGUUAUUUGAAGUUCUUUGGUUGCAUUGCAUAUCAUUAUCCAAAGGAGAUGUUCCAGAAAUACCCUGCAUUAUUGGAGUUACUAUUUGAUGCGUUAGAGUUGGAUGAUCUUGCAAUUUUACCAGUUGCUCUUGACACGCUUGGAUUCAUAGGAACAAGACGUGAAGGAAAAUUGUGCUUAGUGGCCUUAGGAAGCAAAUACAUACAAAUUAUCGACAAGCUUGGUGGUAUGAUUAAAAAUAGUCGGAUGGAAAUAAAAAUUCGCGCUAUACAUUGCAUGUCAAAUCUUAUCUGUUUAGAUAAGGAUCCAACACCAAACAAUGAUCCAGUUGAUCAAAGAAUAACAUUGAUGACAAGAGAAUGGUUCAGAAGUUUAAGUAAAGAACCUGGGCCUAUGGAAACAAUGUUUGAAAUUUGUAAAAAUCCAUUUCAAGACAUACAAUUAGCUGGUUUAACUUUGCUGGAUGCAGUUUGCCAACAUCAGUGGGGAGAAGAAAUGGUAGCGAGGGUUGCAGGAUUUAUGGAAUAUCUUUUGGAUCGUUCAGUUGUUUUGACAAAGCAGUCAAAGGAAGCUAAAUAUGACAUUAUAAAACGCUUAUCACAAUCUUCAGCUUUUGAUAAUAAUAUUAUUAUGAGACUUAAAACUUAUGUGGAACAAGGACCUUUCUACUCUGAAUCAACACUGCAAGUUGCGAUGGAGGAGGAAUGAAGGAAAUACCUUUCUGCAGUUAUAAUCAAAUUUAGCUGCUUUACGUUUCGUACCUGUUGACUUUCCACCAUACUUAGUUGCCAAAUUAUCAAGAAAUGAAUCCAUU